UUCUGUGUGCAUUUCCAGAAUUCUCGAAUCCAGCGAUGGAUCCCACAGUCAAUACAAGAACAUCCUAGAAAGGGGAUCCUGAUACCCAGGGAUUGGGCUUCUGAGUCCAGGCUCAACGGUAGACUCCUGGGGGAGCUGGGAUUGGAAUCUACUAGAAUGCCCUCUAGGAAGGACUCAGGACCCUGGGUCUGCUCCGCCCUCACCCAUGCAGGGACUGUCCCUUCUCACUGACCAUCUAAAACCUCAGGGGCUCCUCACUCUCACACGGUCACUCGCUCCAGGCCUCACAUGAUAUUUGGGAAAGUUAACGUCAUUGCUACGCCAACCAGAGCCUAGGGGGCGGUGCCCAGGCCCAGCAACAGGUCAUGAGGUCCUGGUCCCGGAUACUGGGUAAAACAUUAGAUCUGAGUUUCAGGCUCUGCCUCUGGACCAGCUAGGGCUAUAGACGGGAUGAUUUCCAGGGCCUCUAUGGCUCAGGGGAGGAGCGCCCCUGAGUCCCAAGAGCUGCCGCUGCUCUCUGAUUAGGACGGAUAAUGAUUUUUACUCAAGGGGCACCUAGGCACUGCCGGGCCCUGUACCGCUAUUAACUCACUCAACUAAAGAAGGCUUCCCGGAGGAGAGGAGGUGGAGGGCCUGCCUGUCUGGAGGAGGAGGGAGGGAGGAUGACAAGACCAGCCACGAGGAACUCCAGGGACCCAGUGGGGAAGGAUUCAUCCCACGCGGGGUGGGCGGUUGCUUCCCAGGGGCCCGGGGCCGGGGACUGGCCGAGAUGUCCUGGUGUGAGCUUUACACUCGCAGGCGCGGAACCUGGCCACCGAACCGCGAGGGGAGCGAGCGGGCAGCUCAGAUGCCCUCCUGACCUCUCCCUUGCUCUGUGCCCGCAGUUCGACGGUGAGCGGAGCCCCUGACAUGUGGGCUGGCCAGGGCCAGCGGCAGGAGAGAGCUUGGUGAGUGCCCAGAAUCCGCAGGCCGAUGCCGCCCCCGGAGAAGCGCCAGGGUCCCCCGGCGCGGGCGCCCGCGGGCCGCCGCGCUCAGCCCCGGCUGCCCGGGCCGCCGUCGCCGGCGCUGCUCUGCGCCUGCGGCCUGUGCGUGCUGCUGGCGGGCGUGAACGUGACGCUGGUGGGCGCCUUCGCCUCCUUCGUGCCCGGGCACAACGCGCCGCUCGUCGUGGGGCCGGCGCUGCUGGCGCUGGCGCUCGGCUUCUUCGCGACCUGCUGCGUGUGCAGCCGCCGCGGGCCCGCGCCCGGUUCGCGCUCGGCGGCCGCCGCGGGGCCCGGCCGGGGCAGCGGCGGCGGCGGCGGGCGGGUGGCGCUGGAGAUGGAGAGCAGCGAGCGCACGGCGCAGGACACCACGGCCGUGCAGCUCAGCCCCGCCGCCUCGGCCGCGUCGUCCGGCCGCUCCAGCCCCGGCCCCGGCCCCGGCCCCUUCGCCCUGGAGGCCCCGGCGCCCGCAGCCGGCGCCGCGCCGCGCGCCGACGGGGUCCAGCUCGACCUGCCCCGGGAGCGCGCCGCCCCCUAGCGGCCCGGGUCCCUGGCCCCGACGCCCUUGUCCCAGGUCCCUCGGGACAGAAAGAGAAAAAGCCAAGAAAAAGCCAGUUUUCAUGCUGGGCCGGUGCUGGGGCACAGGUAGUCCCCUCCGUCCCAUCCCUGGAACUCCUGCGGAGGGAGCAGCGCCUUGGCCUCUUCGGGUGGCGUCGGUGGGGCCCUCGUUCGCCUCCCUCCCGGAGGGCAGGGAACUGGGCUGCUGGACCUUUCCUCCCUGCCACCCACGGCAUUGGGCACUGGGAGCGGGGCUGAGGGCCAAGGGGAGCUGGGCUGGGCACACUCCAUCCUUCCCGCCUGACUAGAAGCAGGGGGAGCC